UUUAGACUACGAGUCGUUCAAAGUUUAAAGUUUAAACUGUUGCUGGAAGGUGUCUGUUAACAAAAAGCCCAAGUCCAAGAGGGAUAUUUUGGGAAAUACAUUUUUUCGAGCUUCAAGCAUUUGUGUAUUGUUUCCGUUUUUAAGCGGGCAAAAUCAAAACUCGCACAGUGCAGAGCAAUGUCCUCCGCCGAAGAAAACCCUAGAAAAUGGCGGUUCACAUGGGAAGCUCAAUCUCAAAUCCCAAUCCUCCGCUUAUUCCUCUUCGAUUCCCACACUAAGCCCUCAAUUCAGUGCCAAAAUCUCAAGGUCCAUCUAAAUCUCUCACAAUCUCUGCUUCAGCUCAGCUGGUUCGAUGACCGCCACGUCUCGCUUAGGGUUCCGAUUCCCAGGGUUUUGCUCGACCCCGAGUCGCCGCUCAGUUUCACAGCCUUUGAUGAUCACAUUCUGGUCAAGCUCGUCCUUCUUCUUCCUGUCGAUCAUCCAAUCGUUUCCAGCUUCGAUUCCGUCUUGAAUUUCUCUCAAGGUUUGGAAAAUGCUUCCUUCGAUGCUUCGAAGCCGCUAGAAAUGGACUCUGAUCUGAAGAUGCUAUCUUCUAGUGAAGGAGUUCAUUUUCACUGUAGAAGUUGCUCAUUUAAGCUGACUAAAACUCCUCUCAGACAUUUUGUGGAAAUGCCAUCAGUCAACUGGAGAGAGGCAGCUGAUAACUGGUUUGGAAAUUGCUGUUGUUCCUUUGGAGGUGUAAGUGAGAAGCUGGUGAAUGGGUACGCAAAUUCUUAUACAUAUGCUAAGGGUAUGUGCCACUUAAGUUCUACAACUGUUACCCUUUGCAAGGAUGACCUUAUGGAGUGGAAAUUUCCUGACAAGGUUGGAUGCCAGAGGUAUGAUCCUGAACUAGAAUUCAAUGGUGAUAAGGUAUUUACUGAAGCAAGUCUAGAUUCUAGAAGUAAUUGUGGAAGAGUCAUAACCUGUGAUGAACCAAGUGAGGAAAUGCUUGCUUCUGAUGAAUCAAAGUUGAUGCAUUUUAAGGAUGAAAAUUUUGCUGCAAAAUUCAGUUGUGAAGUUACUGAGGAAGAAACUAAUGAUGAUGCUUCAUUUCCUUUGUUGCCAGAAUCAGUUGAUUCAGAUCUCUCUAAAGAUGUGACAUCAGCACCUGGUUGUUGUGUUCAUGUGGAAAGUAAUGUUAUAAAUCAUGUUGAUGAAGAUUGGAAACAUCAGGUAUCUGAAACUACGGAGAUCAAGGCAAAUCAGAAAUCUUUUCUCAAUGGCUUUCUUGGAAAUAUUUUCAUGGUUAGAUCCUUCAAUUAUUCAGUAGAUGUUGAGUGGAUUGAGUAUGUUUGCCCUCAAUGUUCAUCUCUUCUUGGAGCUUACCCUUGUGGUAAUGGUUAUGCACCUGUAGAUUUUGGAGUUCGAUUGUUCAAAUGUUAUGUUUCCACUUGUUUGCCAGUCAGUGGAUCAGGGGAUUUAUUCAGGAAGUAUACCUUGGAAAGAAUGUUUGCAAGUCAGCUCCUGGAAAGUGCAGAGGAAGAAUCAACAUAUCGAACUGUGGUUAAGGAUGUGAAAACCAAAUCUCCCUUGCUGCAAAUUGUUCUUCUAAAUCCAAAUUCUUGGUCCUGUACUGGUUUCUGUGUGGCUGCAGAGGGGGCAAACACAGGACCAAUUUCAAAGAUGGAUCUAUACCCUGUCAUGAAGGUGCUUUUUUCUGACUGCAGCAAAAACACAGAUUUUCAUUCAAGGAUGAUAAAAGACUGGGAAACAAAGAAUCUAGCUGAUGAAGUUUUCAUGUUGACACGCCAAAUAAAAGAACUAAUUAAAUCCCUGGUGUCAGGAAAGGAUUUACUUCCACCGUCAUGUUCUUGCCUCCAGGGUUUAUCUUUGUCAUCUAUUCAGAGGUAAUAGUACGCCUUUUGAAUGGCUUAGAUCUUCUGUAACUUCAAACUUGAUGUUUGGCAAGGAAUAGAGCUUUGUUUCUGGUCUAACCUUAUUUGAAGACCAAGAAAAUGCACUCUCUAAUUCCAGUUCUUGUGAUUCUUCAAAUAUUAAACAUUGAUGAUAUCAAAGAGUAACAAAAUAGAUUUUUCCAA